CAAGUUGUUUAAAUCUUGUAUCAAACCCUUCAUAUACAUAUAAUUCAUUAGAGUAUGAUAUAUAGUAGAAAAUUUUGAUGAGGAUAGAGCAGUAUAAAUAGCAUCAGCAGUGUGAGAGUUACAGCGUUUGGCUGCGGGCAGUACCAUUUUCUUUCAUUAUAUUGCAUGUAACUAAUAGUUUCGAUGCGUGCUACCAGAUGCAGUGCUCGCGUAUGUACAUACAUGAUGGAUAGAUAAUUGAAUUUGUAUCGGCUUUUUAUUGUUUUUUGUUGGAAGGGUUGAUUUCAGGUCAAUUUUGGAAUUUUUUUCUGGUAACGAAAUGGAUAAAUCAACAACAGAGUCACAGAAGGAAAAAAGAGCACCUGGAGUUGCUGAAUCAGGUCAACUAAUAAGAAAAACAUCAAUACGGAGGAGAGUAUCUAAAGAUGACAUGUCGGAAAAUAAACCAUAUGGGAACAAAGCAGAAGAAUACGACAAAAUAUGUGAAAAAGUAAUGGCCGAUACUGGUGUGCAGAAGACACUUGAAGCUUUACAAGAAAAAUGGCGAAUGAUAAUGUUUAUGCAUGAUGAUUGUAUGGACUUACGAACCCAGAAAACAGAGCAGGGUGUGAUAGGAAGAAGAGCUCGAAUAAAAAGGGAACUAAUAGCUUUAGUAAUAACAUACGUCAUAAUAACUUUACCGAUAUUGAUAACUUUGUAUUUGGCAUUUUUGUUUGUAAUUUGGUUUGUCACUACAGCAAGCUGAGUCCCAUGUGUUAAGCUGUCGACGUCUUUUAUGAUGUGGAUGUAAUACUAGGCAAACUUUCUUCGGUUUGAUCUAUUGUGUUAGCAUGUAUGUGUGUGUCGUGACUCGUGAGUAUAUGUUCCAAUUGGUGCUUUUCAUGAAAGAAUGUUUUGCACGAAAAAGCUCUGGAUAUGAUCGUAAGUAGACAAUUGAUAUGUGUUUUAUAAUCAUGAUAAUAGUGUAUACAUGCAUAUGAUUGAGUAAAAUUAUUCGAAAUUCA